AUGUUCGCUCAGAGUUCCGAUCAUCCCCGACCCCCGGACACACAGACCGACACCCAGAUGCUGUCCCGGUACCUGUCCAUUAAGAACAGGUGUCCCAACAAUGGAACCAAAACAGUGUGGCUAAUGUCAAAACAUACUCUGAUCAGCAAACGUUACAAAUUUAGCGUUUGUUUUGUUCCGAAAAUUGGCUCUACGUUUUGGAAAACUGUAAUGCGUUUGCUGCAGAAUGAGAACUUGAGCGAGGACAAGUUCACAACAGGGUUAUUAAAUUUGAACAAGGACGAAAUACACCGAGUCAGACUACCAUGGUUAUCUCUUCUAAGGCACUCAGAGGACGGAUUCUCUUUCCCCAGGUCCAGUCGAGCUGUAGUGUUUACAAGGGACCCUUACACUCGCCUGUUCUCCGCGUAUAUUGACAAAAUAUUUUUACCUUCCUUCUGGAAAUUUAUUGGUAUUGCUAUUGUUCAGCAAUUGCGCCCGGAUCCGUCACCUGAAAGUUUAGAAUGCGGACAUGACGUCACGUUUGAAGAGUUCUUGCGUUACGUCAUCAACGUGGAAGAAACGGGGCACGUGACCGCUUCGAUAUGUGACGACCAUUGGGCCCCGGUGACGUCAUUGUGCGACGUGUGCCGCAUGAAGUAUGAUUACAUCGGUAAACAGGAAUCCUUCCUCAACGAUACGAACUACAUAUUUCAGCAGCUGGGUUUAGAUAAAUUAAUGUUAAGUAGCCUGCAGCCUGCGAGUUCUGUCAGGAAUUCCAUAAACACGACAGUUUGGUCAUUUGGUUGGUUUAUUCAAAACUCAUCAUGUGUGGCAGACGAAGAGGCUCUACAUCGGGUUUGGUACAGUUUACAAACACAGGGCUACAUGAUGGUCGACACAGAAGCUCCUUGGUUGAGCCUCGAUCUAAAAACAGCAAACAUGGCUGACAUAGUUGAAGCGUUUUUGUCAUCUUACGAUAAAAAUAAACCAACAUCUGAGCAGACGAAACAACAGAGGCACCAAGUUCUGGUAGACGCCUAUUCAUUGGUUCCGUUAAGCGUCAAACGUGGAAUCCAGAAUGCGUUUCGUUACGAUUUUGACCUUUUUGACUACGACAAAGAGCCAACAGAACUGUUUAAUAAUGGUUAG